CACGGCGUCUCUGGGCCCCGCCUUUGAUCUCGUUGGUGGGACUAGGGGAUAAGAACUGCACCGCGCGGGACUAGUCGCCGGCGGCGCCUGACGGAGCAGCAGCUGGGGGGGCAGCGCCAACAGCUGGUUCAGCCUCAGAAGGCAGAGGAGGGAUUGCUGCCCCCCGCCCAGUGGGUAGAAGCAGGCCAGAGACCUGGCAAUUCUGUCUUGUGUGCCUUAGAAGAGACAGCAUGGAGUUGGAGAGCAUCGUCAGUUCCGCCCUCCUUGCCUUUGUGCAAACACACCUCUCGGAGGCCGACGUCAGUGGCUUGGAUGAGGUCAUCUUCUCCUAUGUGCUGGGGGUCCUGGAGGACCUGGGCCCCUCAGGCCCCUCAGAGGAGAACUUUGAUAUGGAUGCCUUCACGGAGAUGAUGGAGGCUUAUGUGCCUGGCUUCGCCCAUAUCCCCAGGGGCAUGAUAGGGGACAUGAUGCAACAGCUGUCAUCGCAGCUGAGUGACGCUAGGAACAAAGAGAACCUGCACCCACAGAGCUCCUGUGUCCAAGGUCAGGUGCCCAUUUUUCCAGAGACCCUGAGGCAACCUGAAAAGCUCAGAGAAGAGACCAGAUCUCCUGCUGCUACUGGGGACACCCAACAUGAGGCAGCUGGUUCUGAGGAAGAACUUCUUCCGGGAGUAGAUGUCCUCUUGGAGGUAUUCCCGACCUGUUCUGUGGAGCAGGCCCAGUGGGUGUUGGCCAAAGCUCGGGGGGACUUGGAAGAAGCAGUGCAGAUGCUGGCAGAGGGCAAGGAAGAGGGGCCUCCUGGCUGGGACGGCCCAAGUCAGGACUUGCCCAGGCGCCUCAGAGGCCCCCAGAAGGAUGAACUGAAGUCCUUCAUCCUUCAGAAGUACAUGAUGGUGGACAGUGCGGAGGACCAGAAGAUCCAUCGACCCAUGGCUCCCAAGGAGGCCCCCAAAAAGCUGAUCCGAUAUAUUGACAACCAAGUCGUGAGCACCAAAGGGGAGCGGUUCAAAGACAUGCGGAACCCUGAGGCUGAGGAGAUGAAGGCCACAUACAUCAAUCUCAAGCCAGCCAGAAAGUACCGCUUCCACUGAGGCCCUGUCUGGACUCUGCCGAGCCUUCCAGAUCCCAGAGGGAUGCAGCGUCCGUCCCCCUACUGCCCUUCUCUAUCUCCUUGCUCUAGUGUUACUAUUCUUGAACACAGUAAAGGUGGUCC